AUGAAGCUCUACACCGAUCUUAUUUCCGGCGACGAGAUGGUCUCGGAUGGUUACAAACUCCAUGAGGUCGAGGACAUCGUCUACGAGGUCGACGCUGAGAAGAUCGUCGUCUCGGACGGUGAUGUCGACAUUGGCGCCAACCCUUCCGCCGAGGAGGCCGCCGAGGCUCUCGAGAACGGUGCCGAGCAGGUGAUCAACAUUGUGCACUCGUUCCGUCUCCAGUCGACUCAGUUCGACAAGAAGUCGUACCUGGGCUACCUCAAGGGCUACAUGAAGGCGGUCAAGGCCAAACUGCCCGAGGAGCGCGUCCCCGCUUUCGAGAAGGGCGCUGCUGCUUUCGCCAAGAAGGUCAUCGGCUCGUUCAACGACUGGGAGUUCUUCACCGGCGAGUCGAUGGACCCCGAGGGCAUGGUCGCUCUGCUCAACUACCGCGAGGACGGUGUCACCCCUUACCUCGUCUUCUGGAAGGACGGCCUCCGCGAGACCAAGAUCUAA